AUGUGCUACUUUUUGGAUUGCACUCGAGCUGGUUACACAGAUAGGCAUCUGAUGACUUGGUUUGUCAUCAUGACUCUUGGCUUCCUCAAUUCGAUUUGCGCACGGCUGGCAGCAACUCCGGAGGGCGAGAGCAUUUUGAAUGCUUGUGUCCGUUACGGUGAUUGGAGCGGCCAUGGGCAUGUCUGCCAACCAGGAGGCCUCCUAGAGCCCAGCUGGACUGUGGUUUUGGUUGGUGUUUUCUUGUGCUUCUCUGCUGCGCUAAUGGAUCAAGGGACUAUUCGUUUGACAGACGAGGAGACUCCUGAUGCAGACAAGAUUGGCAAGAAACCACCACGAUCACGUCGCCAGAAAUGUCGGCAACAGGAACCGCUCGUACAGGAAGUGAAUCUCAUUUUGGCUGCCGCUGUGAAGCUAAAAGCCCUUGUGCGGAAGCAGAUGCAUGGGAUGGCCUUUGUGCUUGGCCGUCAAGAUGAGGAGGAGAAAGAGAUAGAUGGUUCUUCUUUGGACUUGGCGGACAACUUUGAAAAGAGUCUGACCAAGAUCUUUGGAGCCUUGGAGUUUGAGCACAUCCUUGCAAAGGAAGAGACCUCACAUUCCGAAACCAUACAAGUCCUGGAGCUUUGCGCGCCAGACGCGCUCAUGCGUGAGCAAGCAAACUUGAGGCUGCGGAUGUCUGGGUGUCCGAACUCGAAUGCAUGGGAGUCCAACGUCAAGCGCUAUGACCAAUACAAGGAAUCAGCAAACAAGUGGACCACUUUGACAGAAAGUGUCGACAUCAUGAAGGAGUAUGACUUUUGCAACUAUCUCCAGGGCUACUCGAAGAAGAAGAUUGUCCGAAGUUCCACAGGCACUGUUGAUGAACGACACAGCCGGGAUUGUGGUUGUCGUGGACAUGUGGUUCUCGGCUCCUUUCUGGGACUGCUCGGGUUCUACUUGUUCUCUUUCAUGGCGCCUCAGGGCGAUUCCUACGCGUGGGUUUAUUACUGGGUGGACCGGAUCGCUUUUGUGGAUGUUCGGUGCCAGGAGACAAACACAACAUCAGCUGCCAGCCCAUGGUGUGAUGCUACCGAUUACCUCCUCAUGUCUCGAACGACACUGUGGGUCUCGCAUGGCGACAUGUUGGACGUGCAGAGCAACGAGUUGGCAGUCAUCACAUCUGCAGCCUUGAAGGCACUCAUACUUGCACUUCUGUCUAGUUUGCUGGCAAUCACCGUGGCCAAGACGGUGGCAGGCCUACAGCAAGCUACCCAUCCCAUGCAGAUUUUGGAUGCCAUCCUGUCCUGGUGGGCCCGGGCAGAUCACAUGUCAACCUCCCACCUGCAUGUAUGGAAGCUUGCUCGAGACUCAAUCCUCCACAACGACGUGAAAAACAUCCUGGACAGAUAUGAGAAUGUAGUUCUUGCCUACUUGGUGGUGUCCUUUUGGUUGCUCACGGACUCGACCGUGCAGGUUGCUAUCUUCAACAACGCUCCCAACGUGAUGGCAGGUUAUGUUCUGGUGAUCAUGUGUGGCUGUAUGUUCCUGUGUGUCUACCAGGCCCUACGUGUGCAUUACGCCCAGCUCCAGCAUGUUUCCACCUUGCGUCGGCUGAAGGAGUCCACCUAUGCUUACGGUGCGCGGCCUGACUUGGAGCAUCAGCGACGGCUGAUUGAUGAGAUGAUCCACAGGAUGUCAAGCGGUGGAGAUUAUCAGACCAGGCUUCUUUACAUGCCUCUCAACCCCACAUUUCAGAAAGGUGUCCUUGCCUACUUCCUGACAGCCUUCUCUUCCAUUGCGGUGCGUCUCAUUGUAGAUGCAGUGAGUUCGCCGAGGCCCCUGGGAGCCUUCGAAGUGCUAGCAAAUGCCACAGCAAAGAAUUAG